CCGUUUAGUUUUGAUUUAUCCGUCGUGAAGCAAGUAACGAAAAGUUUCGUAUCCAGCAUCAUGUUUAAGAUAGCGGCUAUCGUUACUCUACUGGUGACGACAGUGGUGGCCAAACCCCUCCUCGAAACCUUGGUGGAUAUCGGAGGGUUGAGUUCCGAGGAGCUGGAGGGAGCGGAGAGUGCCCAUCACGGCUAUGGAGGAGGCUAUGGAGGGUAUGGCUACGGAGGAGGAUUCCCUGGGAUUGGAAUCGGCAUCGGUGUUCCAGUCGUUGGAGUCGGAUACGGUGGAUAUGGUGGAGGACUCGGCUAUGGAGGGUAUGGCGGAUACGGGGGCUAUGGAGGUUACGGAGGGUAUGGAGGUUAUGGAGGAUAUCAUCAUCACCACGGAUAAUUGGAAGGUGAGAUUUUUUAAAAGUUUUGAGUGAUGGGGUUUU